GCUUCCUAUUCUCCUCCCUCCUUCCCCCGCGCGUCUCCUCCCCUCUCUUUCGCUGUGUGUCACUGACCCAGAGGCAGGGUGAGGCGGAGGGGGGACCGUGGGGGCGCCGCCGCCGCUGCGCUGCUCGGGUUCGCGGUGCGUGCGUUCUCUUCCCCCGCCGGGAUCGCCCCCACGCCAGGGGGCUCCGGAGCCUCCGCGCUUUUUCUUCUCUCCCUCGCGUCUCUCCUGCUGUCUGCAGCCGAUCUCCGUCGCUCCAGUUCCGGGGCCAACUUCUCGUCGGUCCGCGCUCGCCGGGCUCCAGAGAAGCCCGCGGCGGCGGCUGGAAGGACUCCGCAGCUUCCGUCGAGUCUCUCGCUUCACCGCACCGCCCCCCCCCCCCCCCCCGAGCUCCUCUUUCUCUCCGUGUCGGUGGAGGGGCUGUGAGGGAUCCCAGUCACCCACGGAGAUCGCCCGGAAAUAAUGCAAAAGGUGUCCCCAGGCUCCUGAUCAGUGAACAAGGAAUUGAGACAGAAAACCAAGCUCAUGUUUUCUCCUGAUCAAGAAAAUCAUCCAUCUAAGUCACCAGUAAAAUAUGGUGAACUCAUUGUCUUAGGGUAUAAUGGGUCACUCCCAAAUGGUGAUAGAGGAAGGAGAAAAAGUAGGUUUGCUUUGUUUAAAAGACCUAAGGCAAAUGGGGUGAAGCCUAGUACUGUGCAUAUUGCCUGCACUCCUCAGGCUGCAAAGGCAAUAAGCAAUAAGGACCAACAUAGCAUAUCAUAUACCUUGUCUCGAGCUCAGACGGUGGUGGUUGAAUACACUCAUGACAGCAACACUGACAUGUUCCAGAUUGGACGAUCUACUGAAAGCCCCAUUGAUUUUGUGGUAACUGAUACAGUUCCUGGAAGUCAAAGCAAUUCUGAUACACAGUCAGUGCAAAGUACUAUCUCAAGAUUUGCAUGUCGAAUCAUAUGUGAACGGAAUCCUCCCUUCACAGCCAGGAUAUAUGCUGCAGGAUUUGAUUCAUCAAAGAACAUCUUUCUUGGGGAAAAGGCUGCCAAGUGGAAGACUGCAGACGGGCAAAUGGAUGGUUUGACCACAAAUGGAGUUCUCGUUAUGCAUCCACGCAAUGGUUUUACUGAAGACUCUAAACCAGGGGUGUGGAGAGAGAUCUCGGUUUGUGGAAAUGUAUUCAGCCUGCGUGAAACCAGAUCAGCUCAGCAAAGAGGGAAAAUGGUGGAAAUCGAAACCAACCAGUUACAGGAUGGCUCCUUGAUUGACCUGUGUGGUGCCACCUUGCUGUGGCGGACAGCAGAAGGCCUUUCACACACUCCAACAGUAAAGCAUCUGGAAGCUUUGAGACAGGAGAUCAAUGCUGCACGGCCUCAGUGCCCUGUUGGGUUCAACACACUUGCUUUUCCUAGUAUGAAAAGAAAAGAUGUCGUUGAUGAAAAGCAGCCCUGGGUGUAUCUGAACUGUGGCCAUGUUCACGGGUAUCACAACUGGGGAAACAAAGAAGAGAGAGAUGGGAAGGACCGUGAAUGCCCCAUGUGUAGGUCGGUUGGCCCCUACGUCCCCCUCUGGCUUGGCUGUGAAGCUGGAUUUUAUGUGGACGCUGGCCCUCCAACUCAUGCCUUCAGCCCUUGUGGACAUGUGUGUUCAGAGAAAACAACUGCCUACUGGUCCCAGAUCCCGCUUCCUCAUGGCACUCACACUUUCCAUGCGGCCUGCCCUUUUUGUGCACACCAGCUGGCCGGUGAGCAGGGCUACAUCAGACUCAUAUUUCAAGGACCUCUAGACUAAUAAACGUGCAUUAGGGUGGCGCUAAAUUUAUAAGCUAAGUGAUGCAGGUUUUUCCCACCAAUUGUCUACAGAUUUCUCUGCUUUGAUCAUUUACAUUAAGAUGAAGACUUUUUUUAAAAAAAAAAUUUUGUAUUUGUAACAAAAAUUCUUGAGAAAAGUCUGGAAAAGUCAAGCAAAGGAAUCUGGUGCAUUUCCAGACUUCCAUAUUCUGUGUCUGAGUAUAUAUUUUGAAGAAAAAAUUACGGUCUAAUUCAAUGCCUUCAUUUCUGUGUUUUUUGAAUCACUCCUCGGUGUCUAAGAGAUGUUUUGUAUUACUGAGGUACUGUUGGUUCAAACUAUGUUAGUUUACAGUUUGGAUGCAAACAUUGUAAAAUAUAGCAACGUGUACAUUAACUUUCUUUUUCUAUUUAUCUUCUUUAUAGAAAAUAUCUGAGAGUGUAUUUGCUAGAGUAGCACAGUAGUGUAACAUCCCUGGCGCAGAUGCUUUGAGUCGCUAGCUGAGGGCAGGGAUUUGCAAGGUUAGGAAAAACAUUAUGAAACAAUCUUUUCUUUUUUUAAUCAAAAAUAAUAAAUUUGGUAGAUUUAGUAGAAUGCUUUGUAAAACUGAAUUCAUGCAAAUUACAUUGUGUAAGAUUUGUUUGUUUUUAACCACAUUAAAGAUAAUCAGGAAGGAUUUUCUUAAAAUGUUUCUCUAGUGUGUAGUACUAUGAUAAAAAAAACUUAUCACUAAGAAACAUUUUAUAUGCUCCUUUGAAUAUGCAAUUUAAUCUAGAUUAUAUAUUUUUCUCCCAUGAUAACUAAUCUGUUUUUAGUAUUAGCAACAUUCGGCAGGUUUAUUUUUUUUUUAGACACAAACUGUGGUUCAUCUGUUCACUGGAAAAAUCUUUCAUAAUUAGAAACUGCAUAAAUUAGCAAGGAGGGAGAGUGACUUGACUCUUUAGAAAAGGAGAUGCUUAAAUUGGCUGUUCUACAUUUGGCCUAAUCUACAGAUUUGGGGAUCUAAUGAUACAGACAGAAGUACAGUGGUUUGAAUGGCAAAAACAUGUUUGUCUUUGAACCCAGAAGACCAGUACCUAACCUAUGGACUUAGGUCCUCAGAAUAAUUGAUUUACAUUAAAACUUUCAGUGGAAAUCAGGUUCAGAUCCCAAUAUUCUCCAAAGCACUGGUCACUUCAGCAGGCAAUAGUUAACAGGAAAACUGAAAGAGGUCAUACACAAAGUCCACUUGUGAAACAAAGCAGCCUUUAAAACUUUGCUUUCAAGAAGCAUGAAAAAUUCCCUCCUUUUUUCAUGCACUGAGUACAUAAAAGUUUAAGCUAGGUAUGUGACAUCAAAAAAGGGUCUUGGGACAUAUUUGUAAAUCAGUAUACCCUGGGAUUAGGUUGAGGUUUUUCCAUUUAUGAUGUUUUUCCUUUGGUUUGAGGGAAAAAAAAGGUAUAUAAUAAAAAUUGACAGUAGCAAAUUCCUGUACUUUGUAGCAUAGCUUUGAUUUUCUCAGUAAAAAGAACAAAAAAGAAUCUUGCUUAGAAGCCAUGAACUGUUUUUCUUCAGCUGUCAGAUUUUCCUUGUUUUUUUAAAAAAACAAAAACAAAAAACAAUUGUUUGGAUUCACUCAGGAAAUGCAUGUCAGGAAACCUGUAUUAUAAGUAUAAGUAACUGCUGUUACACCCUUUUCAUAGAAAUAUAAUUGUUUUUGAAAUUUUCUAGAUUGUUCACAUGCAUUGUGACUGAUGCAACAAAGAAAUCAACCCCUAUAUUGUAUUUGUUUUAAUCAUUUCUGUUUGGGCUAUACCAUAGCUAAUUUUUUUUUUUGCAAUUUAAUUUAUUCAAACUGUAAGUAAAUACUUUUCAAAAUAGAAAUGUGAAGUUUU